UCGGAUAAACGCAGAUUCCUGGAUGUGGAAAUGACGCCUGAAAUGUCAAACAAAUUUUCCAACUUAGUGACGUAACAAGUCGAAAUUGCGUUCCAAAAUGAAGUUCCAAAGUACCAUUAUGAACAUCCGCGUCAAGCACCGGUUCCACCACGGGUGCACGCUUGACGCCCGAAGCCCCAUGGGAACGAAGCACAGACGUUCCCCCUACUCCACGUUCCUAGCAAAAUUCGUCUUCUGGCUCAGAGGGUACUUGACCAUCAGCUGGAACGACGACAGUCGGCUCUACUUCAGGAGUUUCGCUUCGUAUACGAAGGAGAGACAACGUCAUCUGACGAAUCCUUCAUUCAAGUGGGUCAUACACCCGUUCAGUAGAUUCGAACGGAGAAAAAACAUCGUCAUGACUGUGAUGUGGCUGUUUUUUAUUUUUUUCGAAUCGUUCGUGGGUACUUUCCACGGACAACACUUCUACAGCGACGAAAGACACGAGGUGCAUUCUGUGAUUUUAUUCGUGAAUUUGGUGUUCUUCGGGGAUUUGGUGGUCCGGUUCUUCACCGGGUACACGGAAGAGAAAACCCGAACCGUGAAUUUGAACCGCCGCAACAUCGCUCACCAGUACCUCAAAACGUUCUUCUUCUUCGACGGGAUCGCCACUGUCAGCUACUUUUUGUUCUACUUCAUAGGACACAGAGACAGCAAGAUUCAAUUCUUCAUCUACCACCUGACUUCACUAAGGGCAAUACGACUAAUCACGGUGGUCAAAAAUAUAUCGCGGGUUUUAUCGUCGUCGAAACUUCAAGAGACCACUCGAGUCCCUCUGAUUCUCAUAUUAACUGCUCUUCUAUUCCUACACUGUGACACUUGCUUAAGCGGCUACGUCAGCUACCACCACCAACUCUACCACCUCCCCACAAAUAAAUCCUGGUUGGAAGUGUACAAGAACCUUCAACAAAAAAACGCUCUAUUGGAAAAAACAACCACCAAAAUAUCCACCAUGAGUGCGGUCAAAAUGUACCUCCUCCACCUCCUAGUGGUUUCUUGUCACUUCUUCGGCGCGCACGCCAAACACCUAAAAACCCAGGACUCCAUCGAGAUGUUCAUGUACGCCUUGAUCAGCAUGAAAGGUCUGUCCUUCUACCUCUACUGCCUCGCCCGAAUCCUCCAACUCUUCGGCAUCCUCAACCUUCCCGAAACGCAACUCGAGAAUCUCCGAAUGCAAACCGACAACUACAUGUGCCAGAAGAACUUCCAACAAUCCCUCAAGAGGCGCAUCAACAAGUACUACAACUACAAAUUCAGCCACAAGUUCUUCUCCGAGCAACUCGUCCUGAGCACUCUGUCGGAUCAUCUGAAGAUGGAAGUUCUUCUUUACAGCUGCCACAACCUCAUCGAAGAAGUGCACAUCUUCCAAGGACUGUCUCGAUCCGCCGUGGGAUGCAUGCUGGCGCUGCUGAAGCAAGAAAUUUUCGUGCCGGGGGACCAAAUUCUACACUCGAAGGAAGAUGCCGGCUGCUUGUACUUUAUUCUUUUUGGGACUUGCGCGAUCAGUACGAUGUGGGAGCAAGAGGUGUUGCAUAUAGAAGACGGGUAUUAUUUCGGGAAUGUCUUGAAUCAUGCGAAGUACAACGCGAAAGACAUCAUCUACACGAUCACGGCGUUGGAAAUGGUGGAGGUUUACAAGCUGGAAGCGGAAGACUUUUUGUACUGCUGCAAGACGUAUCCUGAGAUCCAACAGAAGAUGGAUAAGGCGGAGAAAUUGAAGUAUCGGCGGUAUGGGUACUUGUUUAUUAAGCAACCGGAGGCUGAUACGACGGGGGGUAUCCUUCAGGAGUUGAGGGAAGGGAAGAUUUUGGAACAAGGGUUGAUGAGGACACUCUUCACUUAA